UAUUGCAUAUCUAAAAAUAUUUGAUCUUUAUAAAUCAAUCAGGUUUUGUAAUCAAUGAUAAAUAUAAUAUUAAGAACGACAGUCCGUCUAAUAUGUAUAUAAUUUCAGCCUCCAAACUUCAUAACUUGUGAAUCAUAAGCCAUUUUGUGCUUUGUGCAUUGUUCAAGUAGCUGUGUAAAAGUAUUGCUUAUCAUUUCAUUUUGAGAUGUCAAAAGUUGGUUGAUUGGUACUAUCGAAUGCAUGCGCAGCUUGACGCGACCGUAUGAUUAUUGUGAUACGACUGUUACGAAGAUUUGUCAUAGACGCAGUUGAUAAAUCACAGACAGAUUUUGUGUGACAAAGAACUUUCCAAUACCUUUUACUAACCUUGGCCUGGUCGUCAUAAUAAUUAUGAUUGAAUAAAAAUGAGAGAAUUAUGCGAAGUAGUGAAGUUGUAUCAAAUCACAUAACAUAUAUGGGCUAAGAUACCUAAACUAUUAAAUUUCGAUCAAUGAAUUCGGUAUACUUAAAUGUUGAUACGUCAGGUUGGUUAACAAUGUAGACAUUAUUACACAAUGCAUCUACCCUCCACUGGUACGUUACACAAGGAAUUGUGUUGAUCAAACGUGUGUAUUGUUGUGUGCACUUUCUUCUGGCAAUUUAGUUUUAUAACAAUGAGUGAGGAAAGCGUACAAAACCAGUCGCAUGAAGUUGUCGAAAGCAUGGAUGCAUCGCCGACUUUGCCUCCUUAUAAUUUUAGCCAUUCGUGUGUAAACACAUGGACGGAGAAAAUGAACAAGGGAAUAUUGUCUUGUACCCAUUUCAAAGAUCAUUGGCGAAUCUGGGUUCCAAAAAUAUAUACUCCAGAACCAAAUAGCAACUGUCUUGAUUGGGUUUUCGAUGAGGAAACAGCACAAAAAGUACUUUUUAAUACUUUAGAAGAAUUUAUUUGUAAUGGAGAUCCAAAGGUUGUACUAAAAGAAUUAAGUCAAAUGGAUAAUGUGAUAUGCGGCAGAGUGUUCAAAAUGGGUGAGGCUACGUAUAGUUGCAAGGAAUGUGGCGUGGACUCGACCUGUGUCCUGUGCGCAGACUGUUUCAAGCAAUCUGUUCAUCGGAAUCAUAAAUACAGAAUGGGCACUUCCAGUGGUGGAGGAUUUUGUGAUUGCGGAGACACAGAGGCUUGGAAGAAAGAGCCAUUUUGUAAUGCACAUUUAGUAGGAAUUCAAGUUAAAGAAGAUCACGGAAAUAAAUUACCUGGAGAUAUAGCAGAAAGAGCAGUAGUAGUUUUUGAGACGGUACUAAGAUAUUGCCAUACAAUGUUGUCUUUAGAGCAUACAUUAGGAUUGCCUCCUGACUUAUGUUUCAACAACACAGAGGAUGACGAUUCUUUAUCGUCGUUAUUACCUUCGGAUGAUUAUUGUACAGUUCUUUUUAACGAUGAGACUCACACGUUUGAUCAAGUGAUCAGCACACUUAUACGUGUUAUGAAUUGCACGCAGAGAGACGCGCUAGAAUUCGUGACAAAUGUUGAUAGAGAUGGUAGAGCCGUUGUGAAAUGCGCGAACUUUCAACAGUGUAAGAACUUACAGAAUGAGAUUGAAAAAUAUACUACAAGACACAGUAAUAGCAAUCGACCGUUGAAAGUGCUUGUAGUUCACGCUCAUGUAAUUGCUCAUCAGAUAUUCGCCAUGAAACUUUUGCACUGGCUGCAACAGCUUAUAACUCCCUGUGAAGGUUUCAGAGUGCUUUUCAGUAAUGUAGCGCUCAACACAAAAUUACCAGUCAUUUCAAUUGUAGAAGGUAUACUUAUGAACGAUUCUCAACUAUGGAAAUCGGCGAGAACUGCGUGGCACAGAUUAUUAAUGUCUGGGAUGCUUAUGGAAUAUGAGAGCAAGAAGGCCUUAGCGAUCGUUUUUACGCGUGGCUACGGUUCAAUUAUGAAAGAUUACAUAAGAGACGAUCACGAUCAUUCGUUUUCUAUAGUGUCUUUCUCUGUACAGUUGUUCACCGUCCCGACAUUGGCGCAUCACCUUAUUGCUCAUCAUGACGUAUUGUUCAUCUUAUUGAACGCGUUUAUCUCAGAAAGUUCACGAAGAUGUAACGCUGCAGGAAAGUUGGAAUUUGAAAGAGAAACGCCCAACCAUACGUUUAAAAGAGCUCUGUUCGUCCUUCAAGAUUUGAGAUACUUGUUAAGCUCUAAACCAGAUGUUUGGACCGACGACUUGAGAAAGAGCUUUUUGCAAGGACUUUCACUUUUACUAACAUUACUCAGUAGCAUGCAGUGUAUGGAUUCUGUGGUCAGACAAGUUGGUCAGCACAUGGAAUACGAACCUGAAUGGGAAUCUGCGUUCAAUUUACACAUUAGACUGUCUCCGGUGAUUAGUCUCGCUCUACAAUGGUGUGGUUCAGAUCAAAUUGUUUUAAUAAGGGCUUUUCGAUUGGUCUUGAGAAAGCUGCACGAGCAGCCAGGGCAUGAGAUUGGUCCACCUCAAGUAAGGGAACUAGCGGACCAUAGCGCGACGUGCAUUGAUUACGAUGUAUCAUCUGAACCAGUGUCUGUGCAUCUUCCACUUUCUAGAUUUUUGGCAGGUCUCUUCUCAUACUUAGAGGUGCACAAUUUGCAUUUCCAGUGCGCAGAAUUUAUCAACUAUGCAAAGCCAACGUUGGAACAGAUUAUAGAGCCGGUGUUGGCCACUCAAGUAAUGAUCGCGCAAGUACACAGCGGUAUGUGGAAAAGAAACGGAUAUUCUUUGUUAAAUCAAUUAUAUUUCUAUCAUAACGUUAAAUGUCGUUCGGAGAUGUUGGACAGAGACAUUAUUUUGCUGCAAGCUGGAGCAUCUUUGAUAGAAUGUAACGAAUUUUUGAUCCAUGUUUUAAAUAAAUUUAAUUUACUACAAUGGGCCAGUCCAGACUUUGAUGUGAACGCUGUCAAAUACCUCGAGGAUGACAGUAUUAGACAAACUUUAGUCGAAGAGUUUCUGGGACUGCUUAUAACGAUAAUAGGAGAAAGAUACGUAGUUGGAGUUGGACAAGUUACUACCGAUGAUAUUUUAAAGAAGGAAAUUAUUCAGCAAUUAUGCGUCAAACCCCUGUCUCAUUCGGAGCUCAGUAAAACAUUGUCGGACGACAUGUUCAUAGAAACUGAAAUGGAAAGAGUAAUACAAGACAUCGCAGACUUUAAAAAACCUUCGCAAUCGUCCGGCGGAAAAGGAGUGUACGAAUUAAAGCCUCACUUAUACUGUGAAUAUAACGUAUUCUUUUAUCACUAUACAAAAGAAGAAGUAAGUAAUUCUGAGGAGACACAACGAAAACGAAGAAAAGCUUUGGGAGAGUUAGAAUGUUGUCCACCCCCGAAGCUUCCGAAGUUAACAGAGGGUUUUAGUUUGGUAACUAAUUUACUUCAGUGUGACGUUAUGCUGCAUAUUAUGCAAAUCGUAUUGGAGAGGGCUCUCAACUGUAAGCCACGCAGAUUUUCAGAAUCCCAAGUACAUAAAAUUCUACAUCUCAUCGGAUACGCUAUUCAAGAACAGGAGUCCGGUUACUAUCCAUUUUUUGCUUUCACAACAAGAGCUGCCAAAUGGAAAAUCUAUACAUUGUUAGAAGAUUUAUCUAGUAGUCCGCGUAUAGAAGCUCAUAAAGAUUUAUUAACUUGGGUUCUAACGAAAUACCGGGAAGUAGCUGGUAAUACUGUAGUGGAUACCAACACGAUGCCCGCUGCCCCGCGUACCGGAGAGAGUGCCGGAAAUGAAAAUGCUGAGACUGAUAAAGAAUGGAGAACGAAAAUGGCAGCGGAGAAACGUGCAAAAAUAAUGGCGCAAAUGGCUGCAAUGCAAAAACAUUUUAUGAAGAAGAACGCUGAGCUGUUCGAAGAAGCUACUUUAGAUGUUAACAAGUCGAACGAUCAAGACCCUAAUAUGGAUUCGAAGAAAUGUCCUCAGAAACCGGUUGCUCUUGGUAUCGGACAAACGUUGAGAAGAUCCGGGGAAGAAACUUAUAAAACUUGUAUUUUGUGCCAGGAGGAUCAAAUUGUAACAGUGACCGGUCCUGCAAUGGUAUUAGCUGCGUUUGUUCAACAAUCCACAGUACUGUGUCAACAUAGGGCUAAUACCGAUGAACCUGACCCGUUAUAUUUAUCUGCGAAACUUGGUGCAUCGCCGCAUACUGGUACUUGCGGUCAUGUGAUGCAUGUACACUGUUGGCAACAAUAUUUUAGUAACGUACUCGCAAAAGAGAACAGGAGACCGUUUCGUCUACGUCAACCGGCCAGUUUCGACGUGGAGAAACAAGAGUACCUUUGUCCGCUCUGCGAGUGUCUCAGUAACACCGUUUUACUACUUCUACCACCUCUAAAAACCUUACAACCGACACCGCCAACUCAGCCCGACAUUGAUUUUAGCACAUGGUUGGUAGCUUUAAGAAUCGCGAUGCAAGUUAAACACGGAUUGAGUCCAAAUUUACAAACUCCUAAAACCACAAAGGGUGAACAUGAUCCGACGUGUUGUUACUGCACGAGGUCAAUCCCGUGUCCUAUGAAAGCAAUACGUAACGAACUCGGAAACGUUGAAUGUGCUUUUCAGUUAAUUUACAGUCAACACGGUCCGUCUCUUUCGAGAAAUUUAAUGUCGACGAUUGAACUUUUUGCACAAGCAGCGUUCGCAAAGGAAUUCGGCAAUGAAUCUUACGAAGAUGAUGACAGAGUCCCGUUGUUAGUAUGGAAAUCAACAGCGUAUAGUAUCCAUGCUAUCGAAUGUCUUCUGCGCGAUAUGGAGAAACCUUUAUUGGGAGCAUUGUCAUCUAGGCAAAGGGACAGUUUGGAAGGUCUCGCUAGAAUUUCAGCUGUCUUGGGAUCUAAAUGUCCGUUGCAUAUUGAUCCGUUACACACGACUUGGGCUGAUAAGGACAGUUUUAAAAACAACGCCCUUUCUCUUUUGACGUUAUUGCUGCAAAAUCCACACGAAGGGUCAAGCGUAUUAGAUUGGGAUUCAUUUGGAGUACUUGUUCCUUUAAUCAAUUCACUCCCAGGGCUACUUUGUACAGGUUUACACGUGCCAAUUAUUACAGGCGGAGUUUUCGAAUAUUAUGCCUUGCUGCUUGUAUUUAUAUCUCUUAUAGUGAAAAUACUGUUAACAACAGAUUUCAACGAAGAGAUGGAUGUAGAUAGUCAAGAAACAGUCGAAGAUACAUUCUCAGAAACCAUCUUAACGCUGGUUCAUGCACUGAACAUUAAUACUGGUUCUCAGAGUCCACUCAAUAUAUGGAGACGAAUUACGAAAGCUUCGCUACCUUUUCUUAGAUGUUGUGCUCUCUAUUUUCAUUAUAUAUCUGAUGUUCCAGCACCAGAGGAACUGACUAAAGUCGAUGGAGCGACAUACGAAAAUAUCUGCUCAUAUUUGGGAUUACCCACGACAUGUGAUGAAUUAAUCUGGCCACAUUUAGAUGUAAUUUUAAAAUUAAUAAACAUUUGGAAAAGCCAUCCGACGGUUCAAAUGCACCUGUCUGGUACUGGUACAGUUACGAUAAUAAAAGAACCGUUGAAAGUGAAUGAACUAGUGAAGCUUCCGGAUGAUUAUAGCGAAUUGAUAAAUAUGAUAUCGUCGUUCACGUGUCCAAACAGCAUUCGGGAAGAUUCAAGAACACCGACGCUCUGCCUUGUAUGUGGCGAGAUGUUAUGCUCGCAAAGCUACUGUUGCCAGUUCGAUAUGAAUGAUUCGCUGGUCGGGGCUUGCACGUAUCAUGCGAGCAAGUGCGGAGCUGGCGUAGGAUUAUUCUUACGGAUACGAGAAUGCGAAAUUCUUCUCUUGAGAACAUCGAAUCGAGGAGCUUUCGCGUGUCCACCUUAUCUCGAUGAGUACGGAGAAACGGAUCAGGGUCUAAGAAGAGGAAACCCGCUUCGGAUAUGUUACGAUAGGUACAAGCAGUUGAAUCAAAUGUGGUUGGGACAUGGACUAUACGAAUCCAUAUCAAGGGCAAUCGAAUCUUCAAGUAAUCCUACAUCGAUGCGAUGGCAUCAUCUAUAACAUCCUAGGAUUUUCUAUGCAAUCUAGCCGGGACAUUUAGUCACGAAUACAAAAUCUGUAUUUAGAUCUGUGAGCGAUCAUAACAGCAAAUACUAUGAUUGUUAAUAAUCAUUCGUUCGAUCAUCCCGUGGAUCUGAUGAAAUUAUUUAUUUUGAGAAUACAGCGUGGAUGGCUUUGUAUAUUUAAAAUGAUUGGAUGUUAUCCUCGUUGCGAUGUCCUUUUAGAUUAUUUCAGAGUUUACGGAAUUUUCUAUUAUCCAUUAUGUAAAUUAAAUAUAAAUUUCUUUAUAACUAUUGACAUAAUGUUGUAUGGACAUUGUUGCUUGUAGAAAUUAGUUUGUAAAGUCAUUCGAAUAAUUGUCACAUUGUUUACUAAAUUUUAGAACCGUGUGAAUAUAUAAUUCAAGUUGCAUAAAUAGGAAACUGUUUCUGUACCAAUUGUUUUAAGAUAUCCUUAGUAACAAACAUUUUGUUCUCAUCAUCUCACAUCAUUCAUACCAUAAAUUGUUACAAGUUUAAAAAUAUUAAAUUACUUAUAUAUAAAUUUCAAGUUGUAAGUUAUAAAGAUAAUUUUGCAGUUAUGAAAUAUGAAAUAUUUCAUUUUGGAAUUUCCUAUACAGUGCAAUGUGUUAUAAUACGUAGAUAACUGUUGAAACAUCAUAAGAUACUGAAAUUAAUUUAAAAAAUUCAAAUAAAUAAUGUGACAUAAUAUUUGUUUUAUCAUCAUUGCUAGUCUUUUAGUUUAAUAUAUUUGGUGUAAUAAAAUAUGUAAUUUAAUCAUUUCUAUUUCUUGCAUAAUAUUAACAUCGUUACAUCAAUAACAUUAAUUUCUCGCUUUACCUAAUAUUGCUAUGUAUUAACUCGUAUACUGUACAGUUAAUUAAAAUAGACUUAUUUAUGUAUAGUUUUAUAACAACUGAAAGGAUAUUAUGUAAAUAUUAAUUAUAUUCCUGAUUACAAUUUAACAAGUUAACAUAUACAGAAAUAUUUUUAAUUUUCCUUAUACGCGCGAGAUAAGCUUUAAUGAAUAUACUUGUUUUUGUGAAAGAAUGAAACGUACUUUGUUCCGAUGACUUUAAACAAAAUUAUUAUUAUCAAAAAUGUAAGAAGUAAUACACUUUAUAAAUAAUUA